AGAGUGGCGAAUCCUACCUUCACGAAAUAUGAUGUCCAAGGUGGCUCAUGGCAUUGUUUCAAAUAUGCGGUCAAUACUUCCGAGGCUCGAGGCUUCAGUAAAAGGCGGACUCCUGGCAGUUAGAAGCACCAGCAAGAAUACCGGUCUGACGGAGCACUUUACGCUGGAUGAGCAGGUGGUUAACGAGGAGCUGUUGCAAUAUGAGGAGGGUUCGGUGGAACGCAUGGCACUGGAGAACGCUCUACUGGGAGUUCUUAACAAAGUGGAAAAAGUGCCCAUUGUGAUCAAUGGCCAGGAGUUCCAGGCCAAGGAGGAACUGCAGCAGGUACUGCCUUACAAAAUACAACAACCUAUAGCCCACUACGGCCACGCCCACCGCGUCCUCAUCCAAACGGCCAUCGAUAAGAGUUUGGAGGCGCAGGUAAAGUGGGACAAGACCAAGCUGAGUGAAAGGAUUGAUAUUUGGGAGCGGGCUGCGGAGCUGAUAGCCGGAAAACAUCGCUACAACAUUAUGGCGGCCACAAUGUUGGGCCAGGGAAAAACCCUUCGUCAGGCAGAAACGGAUGUGGCCGAAUUGGUGGACUUUAUGCGCAUUAAUCCUGUCUUUUUGCGUGAACUGGCCAACUAUGAACCCAUUAAUGGCGCCCUGCAGGACUGCAGGAAUUCCAUGCGGUUGAGAGGACUUUCAGGAUUUGUGGCUGCCAUUAGUCCCUUCAACUUCACGGGCAUUGCCGGCAAUUUGGCCUACACACCCGCCUUGAUGGGCAACUCGGUGCUUUGGAAACCGUCCGAUUCGGCCAUACUCUCCAACUAUUUUGUUUUCAAGGCCAUGCAGGAGGCGGGUGUGCCCCAUGGGGUGGUGAACUUUGUGCCCGCCGAGGAGAUGACCUUUGCCUCUGUGGUCACCCAACAUCCAAAGCUGGCGGGUAUUAAUUUCACCGGCACUUCCAAUGUGCUCAAAGUGCUCUGGCAACUGGUGGCCCAGAACAUAAACUUCUAUGAGAACUAUCCCCGUUUGGUGGGCGAGGGAGGUGGCAAGAACUUUCAUUUUGUGCAUCCUUCGGCGGAUCCGGAAAUGGCUGUGGCCUGCACCAUCAGAGCUGCCUUUGAGUACUCCGGGCAGAAGUGCUCGUCCUGUUCGAUGUUGUAUGUGCCGGAAUCACUGUGGGAGGAUCACAUACGGCACCCGCUACUCAAAGUCACUUCCUCCUUAUUCGUGGGUCCUGCCACCUACUGCGACUGCUUCUGUUCGGCUGUGAUUAAUCGGAGGGCCUACGAUCGUAUCUACAUGUGGCUGAGAUAUAUCCUCCAGAGUCCCAGUUGCCAGCUUCUGAUCGGAGGAACCUGCGAUAAGCAAAAUGGUUACUUUGUGGAUCCCACGGUGGUGCAGGUGAAAGAUCUGGAUAAUAUCAUAUGCAGGGAAGAACUGCUGGCACCCAUACUGGGUGUGUACGUGUAUCCGGAUGACAAACUCAAGGAGACCAUGACCAAAGUGGCGGAGAUUAAUCAUGGGCUGGCGGGUUCGGUGUUUGCCAAGGACCAAAACUUCAUUCAGGAGGCCUACGAGGCCUUCAGAUUCAAUGUGGGCAACCUCAAUGUAAACGACAAGUCCACCGGUUCCAUGGUGGGUCAACAGCCUUUUGGAGCGGGUCACAUGACAGGUACCAGCGAUAAGUUGGGGACUCCCCACUGCCUGCUGCGAUGGACCUCACCGCAGGUGAUCAAGGAGUCGUACAAGCCGCAUGUGAACAUCUAUUACCCGUAUAUGCAGAUCACUGAACAAAACCAGGGCAUCAUUCCCUUGGACAGCGAGCAAAAGGAGGCAGUCGCCCAGGAUAACAGCUCCUUUGUGGCCUCCAGUGAUGAGGACAAUCGCCCCAUAUAACAUCUUUUUAGAGCUUUGUAUUCAUGAUCUAAAUUUCUGUGGCAAUAAAUUAAAAGAAAACA